AAAAAGGGCGUAAAAGUAGAGUAGAGGGACAAGAGCAAAACUAAGAUGGGGUACAAUUCAAUGUUAAAGACCCCCAAGAAGGAAGAACAACAAGUUCCAGAUGCGAGUACCGCUUCUGAAUUCGACGAUACCAAAGGAAGCUAUGCACAUGGAGAGAUUGAUAUUAUUGAAGAACUGGAAGGUAUUUUGGGGGUUGAAAAUGAAGAUUUGUCAGGGGAUAAGGUACAUGCUCAUCUCACUUGGGACUUCAUGGACUGGGAAACAGGGUUCCAGAAUGCGGAAGAAGAAGAAGGUGAAGAAGAGGAGGGAGACCGGAAAUACUUUGAAGAGUAUAACCAGGCUGUAAAGACGGAGCAUCUUGGUUUCUGGGAAGUAGAUGAUGAGAAAAGGGUUUCUUUGAACUUGAACUUGAAUUAUCAAGAUGUCUUGGAUGCAUGGUCCGAUCGUGGUCCUCUAUGGGCAGAUGAUUAUUCCAUUUCAACCGCCACCAAUGGCAAUGCCUACUAUAUGGGAGAAGUGCCAAUGAUGGAAUUCGAAGAAAGAACAAGAAGGGAAGCUAGUGUUCUAAGAUACAAAGAGAAGCGUCAGUCUAGACUGUUCUGCAAGAAGAUAAGGUAUCAAGUCCGCAAACUCAAUGCAGAUAAAAGACCCAGGCUCAAGGGCCGGUUCGUGAAGAGAGUUUCCUAAAGAGAAGAUGACCCAAACGUUGUUUCAAAUAUCUGAUAAAAUAUCUUUUACUCUGUGGACUUUUUCAUGCAUAAUCUGCCUUUUUUUUGUUUGUCUCAAUGAAAAAAGAAAAUAUCUUUUCCGAGUCUCGCCCAAAAAAUAUAAAUGUGAUUCACCAAAUAUCUUUUCAUCCCAAGCUUUGUGGGCACUUCCUAAUGGGGUGGCUUUCUGUAGUGGACCAAACCUCCAUUAUGCACAUAAAUUGACCCUGCCAUUCAGUAUCAUAAAUCAUAAUCACGCCCAAAGAAGAAGGAUGGUGUAUUUGUGGCAUUUUGUGAUGGGCUGCAUCUGCGACUGCAUGGCAUCAUCAACAACAAUGCACAAAGCCUAGGAAAAAGGUUUUCAUUGUAUAUUAGAAAACAAAAGGUCAAAUGUCAGUGAAUUACUAUAAAUCAAGUUCCUGUGGAUACUAGGCCAGUGGUCCUUUUGUAUGCUCAUGGUUGAUGGGUUUUAUCUCGGGUCUUCCCUCUUUAUGGAUCCCCCCCCCCCCUUUUUUUUAUGUCUGUCUACUGUCGUUUUCUGAUAAGAGAGAGGCCUGGAAGGAGACUGCCAAUGCCAUUGAUUAUUGAUAUAAUUGGAGUAAAAUCCACAAAUAUUGUGCUGUUUUAACUUUGUCAAAAACUAGCGAGUGUGCUUGUUUGUUAAACUGCAGACUAUCAUUUGCCGAUUCAAGAUUA